CGUCACUGACUAUCCAGGGUCUCCAUUUUGAACUUUUGGACACAAACACGGUGCAGUCAAAUUGAUUUCUUUUCAAGCUGAGCGAGGAUCUUUCCCAGACAGAAGGAUGGCUGAUCCAGCAACUGAUGUAGAUCUUCCAGAGGGCUCAGAGGUUCGCAAACUAUCGGACCUGAGGGUUAUUGAUCUGAAGGCCGAGCUGAAGAAACGAAACUUGGACACCACUGGUGUUAAGAGCGUGCUGUCGGAGCGUCUGAAAAAGGCUAUCGAGGAGGAAGGUGGAAACCCCGACGCUAUUGUUAUUUCACCCGAGUCAGCGUCCAAGAAAGCUACGCCGAGGCGGGCCGCUAGAGAUGUCAGACAGGAGAACGAUGAACCCGAGGAUGCCAAUUUAGAAGAGGACUCCCACGACGGCAAUGAUGAACAUGAGAACAUGCAGGACAUGGACAUUCUGGACAUGAAUGUGCUGGAUGAAGCCGAGCACGACAGCGGAAUGCCGAUGGAAGACGAUGUGGACGAGCUGGGCAACUUACUCAAUGGGGAUGAGGAAGAACACCUGGGCGAUGAUGAUGAUGAUGACGACGAGGUAACUCUCGACUCUGAAGACGAGCAGGUGAAUGAGUCUGGGCAGAUGGAUAAAGAUGACGAUAUGUUCUCCUCACUUUAUAUGACGGCGGAUGCAGGUGCAGACAGCCUGAUGGAAGAAACAGAAAAUGACAAAGUAGCUGGGUCUUGUUUAUCUGAGCCGCUUAUCGAAGACCGCCACCAGAGCCGCGAGAUGAGCGCCGAAGAUGAUCAGGCUACCGCCACUCCCGUCACCACCGCCACCGUCAACGCCGAAGGGGAAGACCAGGUGUCCGCCAACACUGGAGCCAAAGCCGACGUGGCUGUCUCCAGGGAUGCGGAAAUCGACAAGGAUGCUAUUGAGACGGACGCCACCGAGGCCGGGGACGCGGGGAAAGUCCCAGAAGAGACACUGGACAAUGAAAAGGGCUCGCAAGCUGUUAGUGUAAGCGAACAGGACGUUGGGGGUGAAACUGUUGGUUCAGAAUUGGGGUCUAAGAAGGGGGAUGAGGAUGAGAAGACUGAAGAGAAUGCCACUUCGGAUUCAUCCUCGGCAGUGAAAGAGUCCUCCUCUGUAGAGGGCGAUGAUCAGACCAAGAGUUCCCAAGGCACAGACUGCAAGGACGAGUCCAAGGAUGAAAAGGCCACUGGGAGCAGAAACCUGUGGGUCAGCGGUCUCGCCUCCACAACCAGGGCGACAGAUCUGAAGACACUCUUCAGCAAAUAUGGCAAGGUUGUUGGCGCCAAGGUGGUGACCAAUGCAAAGAGUCCCGGAGCGCGCUGCUACGGCUUCGUCACAAUGUCUUCUACAGACGAGGCGGCUAAGUGUGUCAGCCAUCUUCACCGGACGGAGCUGCACGGCAAGAUGAUCUCUGUGGAACGGGCUAAAAAUGAGCCAGUGGGCAAGAAACCAGCAGAUGGUGAUGGCAAGAAGUCAGGCAGCGAUCGGAGACGCUCUUCUGACUCCAAGUCUGAUGGAAAGGAUGACAGGGAAGGCAAAGGGGACGAGAGGACUGUUGUCAUGGACAAGUCCAAGGGGGAGCCUGUUGUCAGUGUCAAGGCCAAAAGCAAAGAGCGAAGCUCUAAGAGUCAGGACCGCAAGUCCCCCAGUAAGGAGAGGAAGGGCAUCUUGUCCUUCGACCAGAUCAAGGAGCAACGUGAGCGAGAGAGGCAGAGGCAGCGUGAGCGAGAGAUGCGAGAGGCAGAGCGACGCAGAUACACCAAUCGCGGGCAUGACAACCGCCCAGACCGCGAGCGUGAGCGAAUUCGCAUGUUCCGUGAGAAAGAGGAGCGGAAGCAUUUGAUGAAGAAGAGACACUGGCUGGAGACUGAGAGGGAACGCCUCGAUGCGGACCGCAUGGAGCGCCAGUACCUAGAACGGGAGAGGAUGCGCAUUGAGUACGAGAGGCGGCGAGAGCAGGAGAGGAUCCUGAGGGAGCGUGAGGAGCUCAGAAGGCAGCAGGAGCAGCUACGCUACGAGCAAGACAGACGGCCCAUGAAGAGGCCGUGCGACAUGGAUGGCAGGAAAGACGACUGGCCCGACAAGCGCAUGAACAUGGACGACAGAUACGGCCGCUCAGACUUUGGCCGGCAGGAUCGCUAUCAGGACUUUGACCACAGGGACAGAGGGCGCUACCAAGACGACAUAAGGGAUGGCGGGCGUGGUAUGGCUGACAGAGAUGGUCCGCAUUUCUCAGACAGACACGGCCGAGACUCGUGGAGCGGAGGCUAUGACAAGCGCAUGAACUCCAGGGAUGGGGGGCGUGACUGGGACUCUGGGAGGAAGAUGGAUGGUGAGCGGCCAUGGCAAGGUCGUGAUGGCAGUAUCCCUGGCAUGGCACGCGGAGGAGGAAUGGCGGGGCGUGGGGGCUACAUGAACUCAUCCCAAUCUCUCUCCGGGGCGCUGAACCGCCAGAACCAGAUGAUGCAGGGGGGCGGCAUGCAAGGUGGAGCCUUCAAUCGACGUUUCUAAUCUUUUAGUGUACGCAAGACAGCAGUGGUGGGCGUGGUCGCAAAAGGGAGGAUUUUACCUUUUUUCCAGGUUUUGCCUUUUUCUACGUCAUGUGGUCACGAACCUGCAGUGUCUUUUAUGUUGUCAAUGGAAGUGUUAUUUUCACACAUGGUUGAUGGACCUAACUAACCCUCAUCACAGUGUACUUUUUAGACGGCUUCUGGCUACGCAUCCUAGUCAAUGGACCGUCCUCGUCAGUUUUCCACUCAAUAAGCCCCCAAAUGCUAGGAACUAUUGAUGUGUCGGUGAUACUCCGUGGAAGACUUUCACAUCCACUACGUUAUUUAUGUUGACACUCUGCUCAUGUCCACCAACAAUAAAACAUUUGGUCUCUUUAAACAUGCUUUUCAUUCCUGACUUCAAAACUCACUAGAUGGCAAUGGAAACCUUGUCAGCAUGAGAUGGAUGGAAGGAAUGCCGAUACAAGAACUAGCGAAAGGCAGCCUGUGAUGGAAGUUUCAUUGUUUCAGCAGCUUGAAGUCAUUGCAGGCUCAUAAAGACAUCAUGAAAGGAAUACAUGUUCUCACAUUGCUCAUCUUAGGGGAUCUAUUUGCUUCACUUCCUCCACAAGCCAAUUGUGUCCACGUGGUGCGGGGCCCCGAGGGGACACUUCCAGUUGUAGCUUUCCUCCACGGGGUAGAAGUGCAUCCUUUCAUUUCCCUCUUCAGCAUUUGUGCAUGCAGUACUGCGCGGUUGUAGCGGUAUGAAGUGAUCCUGUUACUAUGGCAACAAGUUUUAAAUUCUGUGAUGGUUAUUUGGUUUGACUGAAAAUAAA